AUGACAUCGACAUACCUUCCGCCACUAUUAGCAAUUCCAGUCCGGGAAAGGACGAUAAGUCGUCCGCGACGUCUGGGCUCAAAAGCCCCAGUCAAGCCGCAACCAAUCCCAAGACUUGAGGAGAGCCAUUUCAUACCGUCAUCUGCAGCAGUUGAAGUCGAGCGUGGUGGUGGUGGUGGUCUAUGUCCGCGGGUGAAGCAACUGCUGGGUAAAUUCCAUCGAAUCGCAAACGUCCCGGUGCAGGCCAACUUAAUGUACCAUCACCCUCCCGACAUUCCACCAGUCCUCGUGCCGUUUCCUUAUCCCGACCAGCAACCCGAAGCUCCGCGCCCACCGCCCACCAAGCUUAUGCGGGAGGGCGUUCCGGAGGAUGAAUACUCACUUCUCGACCAGGUCGAAGAUUGCACCAUAUGGGCCUUCCAAAAGAACAACAUCCAUCCCCCUCGAAUCCUUGCCGUCAAAUACUACCGCGACAAAUCAACCCGCUUCGACGGUAUAACUGCAGAGAUACGCACGCUCUAUAAAAUCAAGGAGAAACCACACCCUAGGUUGCUGUCCUUCGUUGAAGAUAUCGAUUUCGACUCUGUGCGAAGUCUCGGGCGACAGGUGGCCAUAAUCACGGAGUAUCAUCCGUGCUGUUUGGAGUGGUCUUCUGGCAUUUUGCCUCCAGAAGCCUUGUGGGACUCACUAUAUGCGACUCUAGCCGCAGAAAUCACGCAAGGGCUAAUUCACCUCCACGAUCUCAAUAUCGUGCAUCGCGACUUGAAACCUGGCAACAUUCUCAUAGACAAGAAUGGGCACUGCAUCAUCGCCGACUACAACACGACCUUUCAUUCGAGUCCAUCGACUACCGAAUGCAUUGAUUCCCGCACCAUACUUGUUGGGACACUUGGUUUCAUUCCACCGGAACUAUAUCCAACCCCCGGCGUCCCAGAGCUGAAGUUUGAUUAUCGCUCUGACUACUGGUCCUUGGGCAUGACACUUCUCGAUCUCGUUGUGGAUUUCAGCGACGAGUUAUUGGAAUCCUGGGUCUCGUUUCUUACGAAUGAAGACCCAUCUGCUGCCGCACAGACUCCAAGCUUGCGUGAGGCACAGUCAGACUGCUAUGCUAUCCUCCGCGACCCCUUCGCCAUUUCCCGGAUUCUAAAGGAGUUGGUUGCGAUUCCUCAAGCCACGACUGAUUUGAUUCUGAAGUUGUGCAAGGUCAACCCGGAAGAACGACUGCAUGGACAACGCCUACUUAAUUGGCUUAAUGACAUGGGAGCCGGAGGUGAAUCGGGAACCGAACCGCCCUUUGUCAUAGAACGUCAUCCACGCCAUUCGAUUGCUUCUUGGAACAGACAAUUCCAGCGGAACUCGACCUUAGAGCUGCCUUCACAUAGUUCCUCUCCGUCGCCAACGGUUGAAAGUCGUCUCCCUGAACCACCUCAGCUGCAGGAGCUGAAAACCCCGGGCCGAACUUCGAGUCUAAUAACCCCACCUCAUACGCCACAAAAUGUCCCAUCCAGCAAUCUUCCGAGUCCGCUUUCCGCCUUCUCUUUGUCCCGCACUCGCUCGACCUAUCGCAAGCCGGCGCCCCAGUUCACGGAACGAGUGAAUACUAACGAGGCGGGCCAGUUAACCCCUGGUACCAAUUCACAUCUGCUUGAGACUGUGGACGAGGAGUCAGAGCCGAAGACGGAGUCUACACGAUACAGUGCUGAAGAGAAGGGGAAGCAAAGAGAGAACACAAGCGUUGUGGGAUUGUCUCUCGUUGACGACGUCUCCGUCAAGUCAACCCUGAAAUUGCUUGAUUUCCCCAAUCAAAAGCGACACGGGUCUUCGCGCACGAGUUCAAAGCAGUCUCGCUCUCGCCCUCGUUCCCUCCAAGUUCGCAACCCCGAUCCGGAACCGCAGGACCUCGGUUUGUUGACCGGAAAACCGUUACCACCACCGCCCUCGCCAACACUGAGCUUCCCAUCCUCCACCCGUCCCGCCUCAGCGCGCGACUCCAUGAUUGCCUAUGCCGUCCCCCACUUGGUUGGCGACCUGAUCUUCCAUCUCAACGAAGACAACACAUAUUCUUCGCCACUGCUUAUGACUGCAAACGCGAAUGGCGGUAGCGAUACGUACAACUCUGCUCUGAACGCCCAUAAGUUGGUAUUCGGUGGUGUUCAGGAAACGGCAUUCGCUGCAACGAGAGCAAAUGGAGCAAAAGCUCCUGGUUCACGCGCUGGGUUUAGUUACUUGAUGAAGCCGCUUGCGCAGGUGCUUCCGUGUCCAAAGCCCCAGCGAAUUUUCACUGCGCUGGCUGGCUGA